CGGGGUCAUGGGUCCGGGGUCAUGAAUCCAGGGUCAUGGGUCUCGGGUCAUGAAUCCGGGGAAUUGGGUCCGGGGUCAUGCAUCCGGGAAAAAAAAAUAUAAAUUAAGAUUGUGUUUAUUAAUGAAGAAAUAUUUGUUAAAACAAUUACUUAUGGUGAUUAUUAAAUUGUGGGAAAUUGAUUACAUUUACACGUUGUGAUGGUGUUAGGAAGGGGUCCUUGUAGUAUUUCAAUGGAUCGGAUUAGUCAUGACGAUAAGUUAUUACGUAACAAAAAAGUGUGGCCAUAUCUGAAACCUGCAAUGGACCAUUGUAUGGUUGUCGGGUUGUCUACCCGUUCCUCUCAAAGAAAGAAAUGUAGUGAUUCUUUCAUUUUCUGUACAUAUUCUAUUCAAUCUUUAGUUGAAGUGUAAAAAUCCUGUAAUAUAACGAUGAUUGUUGUCUCACAACGGUGAAAUAUUUAGUAGUCGGUGAAAUAUUUGUGGUGAAAUAUUUAGUAGUCAUUGAAAUAUUUGUGGUGAAAUAUUUAGUAGUCGGUGAAAUAUUUGUGGUGAAAUAUUUAGUAGUCGGAGAAGCUUCGGAAAAACGGUUUUCGAACGUUUCUCCUUUUGGUUGAUGCUUUUUUACAGACUUACAGUCGAGACAGUAACUCGUGACAGUUGACAGUUCACUUGUUUAACAUUUUCACGCAAAUAUAGACUAAUUGUAUUGGAGAUAUUUUAAAGUUCUUUUGGAGAGUAUAAUGGAAGGAGCUUUGCAAUCAGUUUUUGAUCGCUUUUGGCAAUGGAGGUUGAAGGAAGCGCCUGAAUUUGGCACUAUGAUAGGAGAACAUGGCUAUGAUGAUGAUUUAGAUGACAUGAGUUUAAAUUCUUACGCUAAACGAUUGGAAAAUGCCAAAGAGUUCGUUGCAGAACUGGAAAAUAUUGAUAUGAAUCUACUAAGCAAGGAAGAUAAUAUGAACUGUAAAUUGUUGCAUCUUGAGCUGUCUACAUAUGUCAGUGGCAUGGGGUUCAAAUGUCAUUUGUUUCCUGUGAAUUGUUUGGAAGGGCCGCAUAUUGACUUUAAGAAAACUAUCUCAUGGAUGAAAACAGAGAACUUGAAAGAUAUUGAAAAAAUUCUAUCAAGAUUUAAUAAAUUUCCAGUUAAGAUUGAUCAAACAAUUGAGCUGCUUCAAAAAGGAAUUGAAACUGGCUAUGUUAAUGCUAAAGUCUCAAUGGAGAACGUUCCCAAUCAAUUUGCAAAAUUAGUUGAGACGCCAGCUGAAGAAUCUGCAUUUUAUGAACCUUUUAAAAAACUGCCUUCUUCCAUUGAUGAAAAAGAACGAAUUUCUUUACAAGAAAAGGCUCUUACAGCAAUCACUAAGAAACUGUAUCCAGCUUUUACAAAAAUAAUGAACUUUAUCAAAGAUUCAUAUCUUUCAGCUUGUCGUGAUGAUAUUGCUUGUACUUCAUUACCUUCUGGAAAAUUAUUUUAUGAAGAAGUUUUGAAAUUCCAUCUGAGUACAGACAUGUCUUCAGAUGAGGUUCAUCAAAUUGGAUUGGAUGAGGUUGCUAGGAUCCACACUAAAAUGUCUCAUGUCAUGAAGGAAACUGGUUAUACAGGAUCGUUUCCAGAAUUUCUGAAAUAUUUGAAAAAUGAAAAGAAAUUUUAUAUGGACAACAAGGAUGAGUUUAUGAUGCUUUACCAAAAAACUUGUAAAGAGAUAGACAAGCUCAUGCCAAAGUACUUUAACACAUUACCUAAAAUUAAUUACGAGAUCAAAGAGAUGCCAUUUGAAGUAGCAAUAUCCGGACCAGGAGCUUUUUUUAAUGCUGGGUCGAUAGAAGGAAGACCUGGCACCUUUUUCAUAAAUACCCAUCAACUGGAGAAAAAACCAACAUAUAGUUGCCCAGCAUUGAGUCUUCAUGAAGCCAUUCCUGGUCACCAUCAUCAGCUGAGCAUAGCCAUGGAGGCGACAAAGCUUCCUGCUUUCAGACGAUAUGUUGAAGACAAAAAUUAUUAUUCUGCUCCUGGAAGAUUUGCCUUACACGUUUCGUUUGUGGAGGGCUGGGGACUGUAUUCUGAAUAUCUUGGUGAGGAGAUGAAGAUGUAUAAAACUCCUUACGAACUAUUUGGUCGGCUCUCCUUCGAAAUGUUCCGAGCUUGCAGAUGUGUUGUCGAUACAGGCAUGCAUAUGAAAGGGUGGUCUCGACAACAAGCUGUGGAUUAUAUGAUCCAGAAUACAGGAUUACCUCAUCAUGAAAUUGAAAACGAGAUUAACCGUUACAUCACGUGGCCCGGGCAGGCUUGUGGCUACAAGAUUGGGGAAAUAAAGAUCAGGGAACUACGUAAAAAAGCCGAAAAUGAGUUAGGUGAAAAUUUUAAUCUCAAAGAAUUUCACGAUUGUUUGUUGUUGGAAGGUGGGAUACCGUUGUCUGUUUUGGAGCAACUUGUUGACGAUUUUAUCGAAAGAAAAAAGUAAAAAAAAGUUUGAUGUAUUGAUGAUUGAUUGUGCAUAUCAAACGUAAAAACGAUUUUGAAGAAGACAGGAGACUUCAUUGCUUUGAAUGAAAUUGGAUCCUGUUCGCUGGUUUUUAAUGAUUCAAUUUAUGAAUAACAAAUCUUAUUCUUAAUUCAAUAAAUUAAAGUUAUUUGUAUACAUGUA